AUGACAACAUCGCGAGAGUCGACGGCCGCUGGAAAGUCGUCGGCACAAGCUGCUUCUGUCAAGGAUAUAUGGACUUUGGUGAAGGAGGCCAAGGAAAGGGAAAAAAAGGCUGCCGAGAGUCCUGAUACAUCCAUUGAAAGCACAUUAUUCUUUGUUGGAAACAAAAAUGCCGGAAAGUCUUCAUUGAUCUUGCGAUUCUUGGAUAGAGAGGAGCCUCCAGCACCCACUGUUGGUUUAGAAUACACAUUUGGACGACGAACACGGGGUGUCAAUGCCGUUAAGGACGUGGCCCACAUCUGGGAGCUCGCGGGUGGCAUUUUUCUAUCGGAUCUUAUCAAGAUUCCGGUCAACGAAGCUAACGUACAUACCGUGACAUUUGUGAUCGUCAUUGAUCUUUCCGAGCCAGCAGAAGCUCUCAAAACCCUGGAACAUCUCAUAGGAAAGAUCAAGUCGACUGUCAACUCCCUCCUGGAUAGCUUGGAACAGCGGGGAUCGAAGCGACCAAGGGCUAUGAGGGCGUACGCGUGGAAGAAAUUUGGCGCUGAGAAUGUGGAAAAGGAAUUCUUGGAUCCUUGCGCUGCACCAAUCGUUGUCAUUGGGACAAAAUACGAUGUAUUUCGGGAUAUGGAAUCCGAAAAGAGGAAAAUGCUUGCCAAGACGUUGCGGUACAUCGCACACACCAACGGAGCGUCACUCAUGUUUGUUUCGCAAAAGGAUGAAAACACUGUAGCAAAGUGUCGGCAACUUCUCAGCCAUCAUGCCUUUAAAGGGAGCUCUCCUAAAACCAUGUCAGUUGAUCACAACAAACCUAUCGUUAUCCUAGCAGGCCAAGACUCGCUGUCACAUAUUGGACCACCGCCGUCAGAGAUGGGGCGGGACACUGUGGGCAAACAAUCGGCCGCUUCGUAUCGACAAUGGAAAGCCGACUUUGACAAGUACUUUCCGCCGGUUACAACCGAUGUGCAAAAGGAAAUAGUGGAUUUCUCCAAAUAUCCGGAGCAGGCCAUUGACGCUUUGCGUGCACAGAAAGAUGAAGAACUAGAAAAACUCAGGCGGCAUAACGAGCGAAAAGCAAAAGAAGUUGUGAGUCUUACUGCCUCCGCUUCGAGCGCAAAGGAGACACGAAGGAGGGAGCGGGCAGCACGAGCUGCUGUUCAGGCCCAAUAA